AUCUCGAUGCCUCCAAAAACAGACGUUUAGCACAGUUGACAAAUUCUUAGAUACAUUGUCAGAUACACCUAAUUGCAAGCGACAAAAUAAUCAGAACACCUUGCCCGUUCUAAAGGCACAGUGUGUCCGUAACUGUUGCUAGCAGUGUUGGCAACUGUGCAGCUGCUAAGUAGCUAGGUUGUAGCUAGGUUGCUAACAUCCGUUGACACUCGUUCCGUACAGUAAAACCAGGAAGGAGGGACCAGACGAUCAAGCAGCUUGGCCUCAAAGGUUGCUCCACUUCUGCGAACAUUUAUUCAUAAAAACGAACCUCGUACAGUCUUGUGAAAACGGGGAAAAGGAAAAUAAUAUUUAAAGUGGCCUAAGUGCGAAGAUGUCAAAAGCUCCGGAUUCUCCAGCUCGUUCCCGCUCCAGAUCAAGGUCCAGAUCAAGGUCUUACUCCAGAUCUCACUCUCGAAGCCACUCCCGCUCAAGAUCCAGAAAACGUCGCUAUAGUUCUAGGUCUCGUUCCCGCUCUCGUUCUCAUUCUCCGUCCUACAGAAACUAUCCUACCAGGGACUAUCAGAAUAACAGAGGUGGAUUCAGAGGGUACAACCGAGGCUACCGAAGACCCUACCACUACCGUGGCAGAAACCGAGGCUAUUUCCAGCGCGGCCAUUACCAGAACAGGGGAGGAGGAGGCGGCUAUGGCUAUAAGGCCAAUUGGCAGGGUGGUGGUGGAGGCUGGCACGAUCGACACCAUGACCAGGACCACCACUCACACAGCCCCAGGAGGGGACGCUCACGCUCACGCACACCGAAGAAGCGCUCAGGCAGUCGGAGCCGCUCCCACUACUCUGACCGCUCGUCUUCGGGGAGAUCUCGACGCUCUAGACGCUCCAGCUACUCCUCCCGGUCCCGGUCCGCAUCACCACGCCAUCGCAGCAAAGGCAAGCCAGUCUCCAAGGAUGCUAAGGAAAAGGUGACAGAAAAUCAAACAGAAAAAUCAGGACAGGCGGGAGACGGCAGUGCCAUCGAGAAGGCAUCUGGAGGAAAAUGGAUUGACUACGACACCAGCCCUAAACGAACCAGCCCAGAAGAUAAGAAAGAGGAUGCUUCCACUGGUCCUGAUGGCAAAGGGCCUGGGAGUGGCGGUCCUCUGUGGAAAACCAUCGGCAGCGCACCGUCCCCUCCAGCAAAGAGCCCCACAAAGUCUGGACAAACGGCCUCCUUCAGCGGCUUUGGGUUCUUCUCAAAGGAAGAUGCCAAAAGUGGAGAUAACACUAUGAUCUCUGCUGCCUUCAAAAAGUUCUUGGCUGAGAAUAAAAACAAAAAGCAGGCAGCUGAAAAGGAGAACGGUCGUGAAAAGGAGCAGAGCACUGUGGACAGAGAACGAGAGAAAGGAGUCAAGUCUGGAGAGCUUUUCAACAUCUCGUCCACUUCUUUCAGCGACUCCAAGGAAGACAAAACUAUGCCUUUCUUUGACGCUGGAGAAGAGGAGUUCCUUAAGUCUCACGGGCUGAAAGAAAGGGACAUUGAGGAGGAUGGCGAUGUCAAAACCACCCUCACGGCUCGGGACAUUUUCGGGAAGUGGGGUGAUGAGCCAAACUAUCCAACAUCCUACCCGUCAAUUAAAGAGAAAAGCCGCAGGGAUGUCGAAGAGGCAGAUCCCCUAGAUCCCAUGGAGGAGGAGUUGUACCGAAGCCGCAAGCACAGCUCCAAGAAAGAGGACAAGUCCAAGAAGAAGGAGAAGAAAGAAAAGGAGAGGUCCAGAAGGAGUCCGUCCCCUCCCGCAACUUCCAGGGAGAAGGAGCGUCCGCUCUUCCCUGGAGCUUUCCCUCCUCGUGAGGGGUCACCUGCACGACCCCCGGUUACAUCAAGGGAGGAAUUUGAACUGAGAAUCGGUUCUUUAGAUGAAAUGCCCAGCUCUUCCCUGUCUAAAGAUCGCCUCCUGCCCCGAGAUCUGCUCAAUCCCACUAAGAAGGAUCCAGAGUUUCGUUCCAUUUUCCAGCACAUUCAGUCAGCCCAGCUCCGUCGAAGCCCCUCUGAGCUGUUUGCUCAGCACAUAGUCUCAAUUGUGCACUACAUCAAAGCUCAACAUUUCCACUCCUCAGACAUGACUUUGAGUGAGCGGUUUGCCAUGUACCAAAGAAAAGCUGCAGAGGUAGAAAUGAGGAAGCCAAGGAAGAGCCCAGAAAUCCACAGGAGAAUUGAUGUUUCCCCCAGUGCCUUUAAGAGGCACUCUCACCUGUUUGAGGAUAUGGAGGAGUCGAGCUACAAGGAUCCGAGUCAAAAGUUCAAAGGCGACGUGAUGGACCUUCGCCUGGAUAUUGAAAGGCGUAAGAGGUUUGCUGGGAAGGAGCGCGACUACAAGCGUGAAGGGGGCAGGAGCCCAGGAGGCUCCCGAGGACCGAGCAGAGAGAGGUCCUCUGAGAAAUCUGGGAAACACCACAAGAAAUCCAAGAAGGGAAAAAAGAAGCGGGAUCGCUCUCCAUCCUCCUCCUCCUCUUCAUCCUCUCCAUCCCCUUAUCCUCCACCUUUCAGAGGUAAAGAGUUCAUGGGAGAGGGGAUGGAGCACUCGGAGGAGGGCUACAGUCAGCCUCGUUACCCUCCGCGGGACUACAGUGGGCCUGCAGAGAGAGGGCCUCGAGAUUUUGAGGGCCACAACGCAGAGCGAGGCAGAGGCCGCGGAUUUUUCCCCAGAGUGAGAGGAAGAGGUUGGGCCAGGGGAAAUUAUCCAGGCAACAACAGCAAUGGAAACCCUGCUAAUAUGAAUCCUCCACUGCGCCCCCCAGAGGAGGAGUGGGACCCUGAAUACACACCCAAGAGCAGGAAGUAUUACCUGCAUGAUGACCGCGAUGGCGAGAAAACCUGGGUAGACAACCGUGGAAGAGGCCGCGGGUCCUUCCCGACUCGCCGGGGGCGCUUUGUCUACCGCAAGGGAGGAAGCAGCCCGAAGUGGACCCACGACAUGUUCCAGGGGGGAGAGGAGGGGGAGCUGGGAGACGACAACAUAGAAGUAGACCGCAAAGAAACCAAGAAUGCCGGCGACGCCCCCACCCUGAAGCAGUAGACCACUCACUCCAUCACCUACAUGUUCAUGAGCGUCAGAACGGUUACAGCGAUGAUGAGGGGGUUGUUCUUUAUUUUCCCCUCCACGUCAUCCCAUCGUUUAAUGGUUAAAAUGUGUUCAGUGAGUUUGAGCCUGCUCACGGUUCAGGUGAAGAGGGAUUGAAUGAAUGAAGAGCAGCACUCUGUUACUUUUGUAUGUGAGGUUUCAGCUUCAUUUCAGAGUGUUUUUUUUUUAAUGUGACGGUGACUUUUGUUUUGCAGCUGGUCGACUUAAUUGUCUCUUUUUAAGGGAGAAAUUACAGAGGCAACAAAGAUCAAUAUUCUCUGAAAGCACGAGGAAAUACGACAUGCAUUUGUGCCUUAGAAAAUAAUAAUACGUUAAUACGAAAUGUGUUUGAAGCAAUGACUGCAAAUAAAGAUGGACAACACGCGUCCACUUCCUCCCACUGUCCUAAAGUGAAGCCAGAACAUCCAGGAUGCAGGUGCCGCCAUCUUGUGCUGGUGACGUCAUCUGCAGCCAGAGCGAUCGGGGGAUAAGAUGUGACAUCAAGGUCCCGCCCACUCAAUCAUGAUGCCACACCCCCUUUUAUAUAACUCAUUAAAACCAAACUUAUCAGAGAAAUGAAGAUAAAUCAGCGCGUUAAGAACGACUUAAAAUGACAGACGCCAUCUUUGGGAAAAAUUAAUUUGACCUGUAAUUUGAUUUUUAGUUGGGCCAUGUCCCCUCUGCUGGAGGGGGCGGGGUUUAGGAGCAGCCACCAGGGGGCGAUCAAGAUGCUUUGGCUUCACUUUUUAAGAAGCUGUCACGUCGGCCAUCUUUAUGUUAUUAGUUUGAAGGUAGAGCCCCGGCUGUGAGGGCACAGCUCUGUAAGUCAGUGUGUGAAGGUGUUAGACGAUGUCCACUUCAUUGUUUCUGUUUGAUUCUGGGGGCUGUGAUUUAUCCUCGAUGUUACUGCAUGAUUCAUACCUCGCUCCACGGGACCAAUCAGUAGCGAGCUCAGGGCUCCUGAUCGUCAAAUUAUCACGCAUUGAAGUUACUCUGUCAAACCCCUCAGUGAUGUUAACCACUUAUAUUAUCCAGGCUUUUUCAUAUAGUGCCCCCUCACCUGUACCUCUCAGUGGGAAGUGAAGACAUUUUAAUGUGUGUGUGCUGCAGUAUAUUCUCAUUGAUCGCAGGUGUGAAUUGUAAAGAAUUGUCACCAGAAUCUCGUGAUUUGCUUUAGGCAGAUAAACACAUGUAGGAUUUCCUCCUCUCUCAUUCUGUUUGUUUAGAUUUUUAAGAAAAAAUGGAUAGUUAUUGCAAAAGGCUAAUACAUGUAUAGAAUUGUAAGACCUAAAUUAUUGUAAUCUUAACAUCUGCAGUAAUCUUCUCCCACAAAAGAGCUGCAGUUUAAUCUUCGAUCAGAGUACCUGAACAUGAGAAACCCUAAAAUCUGUGACAGAGCGUUUUGUCAAAGGCAAAGAUGAACGUGUAUAUUUUAGAGGAGUUGACACAAAGGAGCAGAACCAUGCCGACUUUGUGGAUCUCACUGUGCUGCUUUGUCCCACUUUACUGUACAUACUGCAUGUACUCAACAGAACUGUAGGACUGUCGUUUCUUUUUGUUUUAUCUGACGCUGAAAACUUUUUUACUGUUCUCAAGAGCUUCGAGGUAUUUGUCUUUUAAUUUUCAAUAGAUUUUCUUUGAUUCAGGGCGAUUCUGUGAGUUUUUUUUUUGAGAUCUACAAAUGAACAGACUGUAGACAUAUUAAAACAGCCCGCUGUGUUGAAUGGUUUGUGAUUUACUUCGUUCAUCCCACUGCAGUCUGUGGAAAAAUGUUAAUAGUUGCAAAAAUCAAACUUCAGAUCUUAUUAAAUCCCAACAUGUAUGAAAGUAUCGUGGUGGCAACUUUCAGCUCGGACUCAGACGGGACCUGCACAUUUCAUGAAGGUGACCAUAAGGCAUUGCAGGGCUGCAACCACAGAUUAUUUUCAUUAGUGAUUAAUUAUUAUUUUUUGAUUGUUUUGUCUAUAAAAUGGCAGAAAGUAGUGAAACAUUCUAAUCCAGAGGCCAAUGUGACAUAUUUCAUGAGCUUGUUUAUUCUGACCAACAGUCUAAAAUCAAAAGAUCUUGUUUACUGUGAAAUACGACAAAGAAAAGUAUUAAAUCCUAAAAUUUGAAGCUGGUACCAGAAAGUAUUUGGUAUUUUUGCCUGAAAAAUUAUUAAAACAGUAAGUGAUUGUUAAAAUAGCUGCAGAUUCAUUUUGAAACAAUUAGCUGAU